AUGGCGAGGGCUCCAGCUUCGUCUCAGCUAAGCGACGAGAAAAAGAGGCAACGGGUUUCGCUCGCAUGUCUCACUUGCCGAAGCAAGCACAUUCGAUCAGUCUGCGGCUUCUGUCAGCGGAAUAGGACUGAGUGUAAUUUUGCGCACGAGGAGAACAAGCGCAGACCUCCGAGCAAGAAGUUUGUUGAAUCGCUGCAAGCGAGGAUACGUCACCUCGAAGAGCAGCUAGCAGCAGCCGAGUCUCGAGCAACUGCCGAAGUUCCAUCUUGUGACAUCAUCAACGACACCACAGACGUCCAGUCGGAUCUCACUGCGCCCAACGAAGAUGGAGAGGACCCCCUUUCCAACAUCACUGCCCUAGUGGGACGCCUCAACGUCGCAGACGACGGCCAACUCCAUUACUUCGGGUCACAAAGCUCAUACAAUCUCCUCAAAAAGCAUGCCGAUGAUGUGGCCUCUCUGGAGCCGUCUUUGAAAAUGCAAAGACAGGGCUUAGCUGCCGCUGCGCAGCUCGACAAACACGUCGCCAUCCCCGUUGAGCUUCAGCAGCACCUCCUAGAGCUCUACUGGCAGUGGCAGAAUCCUUGGAACUACGUGAUCCACAAGGGCGCUUUCAUGAAGAGCUUUAGAGGUGAGGAUGAUGGCCGACACUGUUCUCCUCUUCUGCUGUCCUCCAUCUUCGCUAUUGCCGCUAGAUAUUCGGAUCGAGCCGAACUGCGUUCGAUACCGGAUGAUCCAAGCACGGCUGGUGACGCCUUUUGCGACCAAGCCAAGAUUCUGCUUCUUUAUGAAAGCGAGGCGCCAACCAUCACUACGGUCCAGGCCGCGUGCAUCUUGGCGCUUCGCAUCAUGUCGGAUGGCAAGGAAGCUCUCGGCUGGCUAUACGCAGGCAAUGCCACGAGAAUGGCCCACAAUCUCGGCCUCCAUGUUGAUCUGUCCAAUUGGACGUCCAGAACGCCCAUGUCCCCAGAGGAGGUUGAGGCGAGAAAGGUCACAUGGUGGGGGUGCUAUGUGGUAGACAAUUAUGCUCCAAAUAGCAAGCUUUCGUCCCAUGAAAUGGAGGCCAUCGUUACGAAGGCAGACGUGGAGUUGAGGUCACAUUACGGAGCGUUGCCCACGUACCUCCGGCUGACUGCUUCAACGCAAACGCCCAUGCUGCCUCAUGUUUGUCUUUAUCAGUGGGUCCACCAAAUGCUGUCUAUUUGUCUCGGCGACAAGUGGAACGACUCGUCGUGCACUCACGGGGGCGGAGACAACGAGCAUGCAGCAGCGUGUAGACAUUCCGCGACAGAAAUCACAAGACUGCUUCGACAAUACAAGCAGCAUUAUACUCUGCGCCGCAUUCCCAUCGCAGCCGUUCAUCUAUGUUUCUCCGCUGCUGUGAUCCACCUCAUCGACGCUCGGCCGUCAAGCCCAGCAAGACAACAGGCAAUCAGACACCUACAGACAUGUGUCGACGCCCUCGAAGAUCUUCGGGUUCCAUGGUGUAUGUGGAGCGGCCGCGCAAUCCGGGCCAUACAGUUGCUGGCCUCGGAAUGGUAUCACUGCGAGGACUUGACCCAGUUACAGUCGUGCACCGAGUCCCCCAGCGUAAACACUGGUGGGCAUGGUGUACCCACGAUAGAUGACGCAGCAAGAAGGAGACCUGGGCCCGGGAUGCCUCCAGAGUUGGCGGGCCCAGGGAGCAGCGCCGGCCUGGUCGAGACGCCUUUUACGUACGAUGCUUGCACCUCGGAUCCAUUCACGGAUGGUCUCGUGAGGGAAUGGCUGGCCGAAAUAGGUUACGAAAUGUAA